GACUUGGACGAUGAGCGAACCCACUGAUGCAGAUCGCAUCCGAGCAAAGCGCCUUGCCAAGUUGCAGGCAGGAUCUGCGUCUAAUUCACCAACCCCUUCGCCCGCCUCUCCUUCAACCCCCGUAGCCCAGCUUCCACGUCCAAAACCAAAACUCCCUUCUAUUCCGCCUCAAUCAACGACUCCACCUCCUCAACGUAACGUCCCUUUAAAGAGGAAGUCCACCGCACCUGCUCCCAAAGUCGACUACCAGACAUGGGAGAACGACACAAUAUCCACAGUCCUCAAGGUUACACUCAGCAAAUCAACCGCCGAGGCAAACGAGUAUGAUCUCGUGUGGCUCAAGCAUCUCCAGGCUGAGCUUGAGUCCGAGGGCUACCCCCAUACGACUCUUACGAGCGAUAUCGUGGAUCGUCUCCUCAUCACCCGCCUUGAGCUCGAUGCUCAGGCUAUGUCCGACGACCUCGAAUAUGUCUCAGUACUCGCCUCUCUCCCUCCUCAGUCCGUCUUCGAGUACCUUGUAGGCUGCUGGAAGCGUAUAAACACCGCUAAAUCAACUUUACUCAAGAAGAACACCGUCUCUGAAACCCAGCAAGCUACUGCACUCCUAGACAAGCUCAGAGACCUCAUUAUCAGUUACACAGGUCUUAACCUGCAGGAGCCGGAGAUGUUUCCGCAACCCGCCAAUCGCCCCAUAUCAACCCUUGGUUCACACGAACUGCUUACACCCCUCCUCUCCCUCUCCGCUCUAUCUACGCCUCUCUACGCAUCCGCAACCACCUCUCCAACCACGCUGACACCCGACGAGGUUCAGCCGUUCCUGCAGGACCUUGCCGCUCGUUUCACAGACCCAGAGGAACUUCUGAACACACUAAGCACCCUUGUCCGUAUCCUCGUCGCGCACGCCCUUAUGAUACCAUCCGAGGGUAUCGGCGGAAGCAGCGGGGACUCAGCAUGGCGCGGUGUCAUAAGCGGCAUGGAAGCCCUUGUCGAAGUAAAGCCCAUCGCAGAGAUGAUUACGACAAUGCCACAAUGGCUCGGCGAGGGUUUCGGGGUGGAAGUGACGGCUGCGAACUUCGAGAGGUUGUCUCUUAUGGGACCGUUGUUGAGGCUGGGGACAUUCAGUCGGGAGUGGCCAGGUAUUGCCCAGACAUACUUUAGCGACCCAACGAAGCGGAGUCGUGCGGAUGUGGACUCGUCGAAUGCGAGUUUGAGAGGGACGUUGAAUAGCCUACAGUCCUCUCUCUUCCAAAUCUUCACUACCCUCGCGCGCACAUCACUCGAGGCGCGUGAACGGGUGCUAGAAUACUUUGCGGCAGCAGUGCGUCUCAACGUAAAACGUGCAGGGAUGCAGGUUGAGCCCGACACUGUCGCGUCGGACAGCUUCAUGGUCAAUCUACAGAGCGUGCUGCUGAGAUUCGCGGGGCCGUUUAUGGACGCGAGUUACACAAAGAUGAACCGCAUAGACCCCUAUUAUUUUUCAGUGUCUACCCGAAUUGAUCUGAAAGAGGAGACGAGGAUCAAAGCGACGAGCGAUGAGGCUGCGCAAUGGGUCGAAGAGAGCAAGUCAAAGGCCGCAACACCCCACUUCAUCUCCGAAAUUUUCUACCUCUGCAAUGCGCUGGGACACUACGGAUACAUUCGCACGAUCCAGGUGUACGAGGACUUGGGGAAGACUCUUGAUGAUUAUCAGAGACAUCACGAUAUGAUCAAUGGGGAUGGGUUAUGGAUGGGAACGCCUAACCAAGCACGCACGCAAGCUGCCAUCGACAACGUUAAGAACGAAAUGUCCAAGAUUCAAUCUCAACAACUCGCGUACCGUGUCCAACUGCUCGAUCCUGAUAUUGUGGUCCGUUACAUAGGGUUCACGAGCUUUGUGUCAACAUGGUUGAUCCGGAGCGUCGAUCCGCGGGGGACUCAUCCGAAUCCUGUCGUUGAUCUGCCCCUUCCGAAGGACGUCCCGAUGACGUUCAGAGUCCUGCCAGAGUUUAUCAUUGAGGAUGUGGUAGAGUUCUUUUUGUUUGUCGUGCGGCACUCGCCAGAGAGUCUUGAUUUGUCUGGGAAGGACGAGCUCGUGAUCUUUGCGUUGACGUUCCUUACUUCGACUUGGUACAUCAAAAACCCGUUCUUGAAAGCGAAAAUAAAUGAGGCCGUGUUUUACGGUGUGUUACCGUACGGGCAUGAUAGACACGGUAUUUUGGGGAACAUUCUGAAUGCGCACCCCGUCGCGCUCAAGAACUUGAUACCGGCGUUGACUCAUUUCUACAUCGAGGUCGAGCAAACGGGUGCUAGUUCGCAAUUUUAUGACAAAUUCAAUGCGAGGAGGAAUAUUGCCUACAUCCUGAAAGCGGUCUGGGACAAUCCUAUCCACAGAGACGCUUUGAAUAAAGAAGCACAGAACGUCGACAAGUUCAUCCGGUUCAUCAACCUCAUGAUUAACGACGUCACCUAUCUCAUGGACGAGUCCCUCAGCGAGCUCACGCAAAUCCACAACAUCCAAACCGAGAUGCGCGACCAAAUCGCUUGGAACGCUCGUCCCCAGCAAUAUCGACGCGAACGCGAAGGAACGCUUCGCAGUCUCGAGCGGCAUGCGUCUGGCUAUACCACGCUGGGCAGGUCUACAGUUGGUCUUUUGAAGGAUUUCACAGCAGAAACUAAGGGGCCGUUCAUGAUGCCGGAAAUCGUGGACAAACUCGCAGCUAUGCUGGACUACAACCUAGAUGCGCUCGUCGGGCCCAAGUGCCGCGAGCUGAAGGUACAAGACCCUGAGAAAUACAAGUUCAGCCCUCGUCAGCUCCUGAGCGAUAUUCUACAAGUGUACAUCAACCUCAGUGACCAAGAGGAGUUUGUGAGAGCUGUUGCGAACGACGGAAGGAGUUACACGAAGGAGUUGUUUGAGUCGGCGAUGGAUACUGCUAGACGUGUGCCGUUGAAAACGGAGGCUGAGAUUGGGGUUGUGAGUUCUUUUGUGUCCAAGGUGGAGGAGAUGAAAGCUACGAUCGAGGCAGAGGAAGAUUUGGGCGAGAUUCCGGAGGAGUUUUUGGACUCUCUCAUGUUCACGAUCAUGCGUGAUCCAGUCACGCUUCCAUCUUCUCGCGUCGUUAUAGAUCGCUCGACUAUCAAGUCUCAUCUUCUAUCUGACUCCAAAGAUCCUUUCAACCGGGUACCGUUGGUGAUUGAAGAUGUUAUCCCCAAUGUGGAACUUAAAGCACGGAUCGAUGCGUUUAUAACGGAGAGACGGAACAAGCGGUUGACGAUAGAGGAAGGGAUUGUGAAAAUGGAUGUGUCGGCGGAUUGAUCAUAUAAAUGCUGUAUCGCUAAUUUUGCAUCAAGUAGAACUGAAUGUGAUGUCUUUUCCAGGAGUUAUUUUAAGUUUACAUAUGGGCUCGAGGAAACGAGCGUACUUAUCCUACA